AUGGAGAGCCAGCGCGCAGCCGCUCGACCUCCGACAGCAUCUCGCACGGGGGGGAACGUUCGGUUCUUUCCUCAUCUGCAUCUCCAGGCCAGAUUCGGUUUCCUCGGCGUCGCGCGCGACACUGCAGAGGAUGAAGGCGGCGGCGGACUGCUCCGAGAAACCGCGCCUUCGAGCCUCGGCCUGCAACAGCCUCUGCGGCCCGAGUCUCCGUUCCGCUUCUGCACGCCUUGGCGAGUCUCCGAACGAGCGGCUGCGUGGGGCCGGAGAGAAGAGGCGCGGAGGCCUCCUCGCUGGGCUGCGCCUCCCGCGCGAAAAAAGUGGGGAGAAGGCUUCUUCCUUGCAGACGGUGGCGUCGACCGCUUCGCGGCUUCGACCGACCCCGUCACGUACCUCGAGAAAAUCAAACGGAAGGCGCAGCGCGACGCCUUCCCCGUCUACGGCCUGCGUUCGCAGACCCAGCGCGUCGCCGAUGCGAAGUUCCUCGCCCGCGCAGCGAAGAGGGCCGGAAACUCCCGAGCUGCCGGCGAGAACCUGUACAAGCUCGGCGUCCUUCUCGACAACAAAGGCCUCUGGGUGGAGGCCCGAGAGGCCUACCGAGACUUCCUGGCCUGCGCAGAGCAGCUGGGAGACCGCCGACUGCAAGUCCUCGCCCACAACUGUAUCGGCAUCGACUACCUGCGAUGCGAAGAGUACCAGGAGGCACUGAAACACCACACGCAGCAGCUUCGCCUCGCCGACGAAGAGGGACAAUACAUCGCCCACAUGAACAUUGGAUUGGCGUAUUGCAAACUUGAGAAACCUGAAGCGGCGGCGGAGCACUACAGAGCAGCUGCUGCAAUCGCAGAUCGGAGGCGCAACCGCCUCGGCCACAGCCUCGCUGUCGGGAAUCUGGCGUUGACUGUGUUUCCUUCUGGGGACCUGACCACGUCGCGGCGCCUCCUGCAGUAUCACGCCGUGACGCUCGACGAGCUGUGUUCUCCAGGCGCCUCGACAGGGAAAGAUUCGCAGCAAAACCUCCCGUCUUCCUCCACUGCGCUUGCCCCGUCUGCCGCGCCGUCUUCCUCUGCUUCGGCUUCUUCUCUGCGUUGCCUGUGGAGGGAAGGGAGAGAAACGGGCGAAGAGGGAGAAGAGGGGGAAGAGAGAGACGAGAGAGAAGAGGGAGACGAGAGAGAAGAGGGAGAAGAGAGAGAAGAGGGAGAAGAGGGAGAAGCGGGCGAAGAGGGAGAAAAGAGAGAAGAGGGUAAAGAGAGAGAGCGGGAGAAGGGAGCGUCUGUUAGGCGUGGAAUCCCUCGCGUUUCCUUCCUCAGCUGUGCCGCAGACGAGCAGAUGUACAAAGAGGAGGAGCAGAAGGAAGCGGAACGCGCUUGGGGAGACAGCACGAAGUGCCAGGCCGGGCACGGUGCUUUGUUCUCUCCGAGUUCUUCUCUGCCUCCGAUUUCGUCUGCGGCUUCUUCUGCCCCGGCGUUAUCCCUCUCGCUUCCUUCAGACCGGAGACGGUCGAAGAAAGAAACGGUUCCUGCUCGCGCGGCCGCUCUUUCCAACACCGUCGACUCUCAACAGCAUCUCGGGAAGAUCGACGCAGCUCGGGGCGACUACGUGCAGGCCGCUGAGCACCUCCGCGAGGCGCAGUUGAUGGCGAAGAAGGCCGGAGAAAGAGCCGCAGAGGUGAAAGCGAAUGUCGCCUUUGGUGUGGUCCGAGGCCGCAUGCAUUUUGACGAGCACAAGAAGCGCAUUUUGUCUCUGUCGGCUGGGACACACGCCGCUCUGGAGCUGAAAACAAAACUUGCCUCCCUCGGGCCGCCCCCGCGCCUUUCGAGUUUUGAGAAACAAGCCUCGCCUCUCUGA